CCCAUACCAUAAUUCAUGUCUGUUGCUUCUUUCUUCUCAUCUUCUUCUCCCCUUUAAUUUUAUUAUAGCUACUCCACUUUGCAAACGCUACUCCAACAACAAGAAGAUUAGCGUUAUGGGUCUCUUCCUUUCUCGGAAUCUGGCUUGCAAAUUCAUAUACCCUUUUCUUUUCUCCAAGAGAGUUUCCAAGGAUUUGUUUCCCAAACAGUUGGAGAACAUGAUGUCUCUGGUGUCCCCUCGUACUGGCAGGCAUUUGCAGCGUUAUGACCAAGGAUGUCGCCAAGUUGUGGGGUGCAUUCCUUAUAGAUACAAGAACAAUGGAACAAAAGAUAAGGAGUUAGAGGUUCUUGUGAUUAGUGCUCAGAAAGGCCAUGGAAUGCAGUUCCCAAAGGGAGGUUGGGAAAUUGAUGAAUCCAUGGAACAAGCUGCUCUAAGAGAGACUAUAGAAGAAGCUGGGGUUAUUGGCAGUGUUGAGAAUAAUUUGGGUAAAUGGUAUUACAAGAGCAAACGGCAACCUAUAAUGCAUGAGGGAUACAUGUUCCCUUUGCUUGUUAAGAAGGAAUUGGAUAAUUGGCCAGAGAUGAACACAAGAAAACGCAGAUGGAUGACUGUGGCUGAGGCAAAAGAAAUAUGUCCUUAUCCUUGGAUGAAAGAGGCUUUGGAUGUGUUGGUCAUGAGGCAAAAUCAGCUGCAAAAGGAUGUGGAUAUGAGUAGGCUGUAAAUUAUGUAUGGAGUGUUUGGUUUAACGUUUCAGAUGUGAUUUUUCACGCCUAGAGAGGAAGUAGUAGGUUAUAACUUUUGCAUCUCCAAGGUGGUUUCUUACUUCUCAACGAUUUUCCAAACACGGAUGUGGCAGAUAAUCGCUUUUGGAAUCCACUAAGUGGUAAAACAGAAGCACUCAGAAGCUGUUAGUGGCAGAGAAACUGAGACAUCAUAGCCAUGAAGAGAGAAACCUGAUUUUUAAGGUUGCAAUUUCUUCCUUGAGUUUGUUUCUGUCUUCAAAUUGGCUAUAGUUUGAAAGUUUAGCUGAGUUUGCAGUGGGUGUAGUUGAGAUCUAGCCAUAGAAAUCAGCUGUAGAUGUACAAAAUCAAUUCAUUCUUUGAUUCAUUUCAUUCUUUCUAAUGUAAUGUAUGUGUAGGUCUUGUGUAGAACACAUUCUUCUUGUAUCCAAAAAAAUGAAAAAGAGAGUUACUUCCAUCUUGUGAUUGAAAA